GGUGACCACUGGGGAGGCGGUCGCCUGGUAACCAGGGUUAGGAAGGGACUAAGUCCGCCAGUGUCCACUGGUGGGGGGGGGGAGGGGCUUAUUGAUCCACACAAAGGACAAGACCCUCCCUCUCUCUCUCUCUCUCUUCCCCUUCCCUACGGUCCACCGGCCCUAACUACUAACUAGAACACAACUGCCAGUCCUCUCACAACUGUCGAACCGUAUGGUCAGGGUGUCUUCGGCUCAAGUCCAUCGAGCAUGUUCUACUAGAGUGCAUGCCUCUUGUGAUCAGCCCCCGGAAUGAUGGCUAAAGUAUCUCAGAACAAACGUCCAGUGAGGCAGCUGUCGAUCCACGAGAAGUUAGAGGCCAUUCAGAGGGUCCAUGAAGGCGAAUCAAAGGCUUCAGUCGCGAGAAUCAUUGGAGUUCCUGAAUCUACCCUUCGUGGAUGGUGCAAGAAUGAAGAUAAACUCCUCGCCUUAGCUAACAAGAGUUCGCCCUCUCCUGAGCCGGAUAAAACGGAUGGCCCCUCCGAGGCUAAACGAGCCAGAUUCGAUACCGACUCCCUCUGGUACUGGCUAAGCAGCCAGCAGCAGCAGCCGAACGUCAACGCGCUCAAAGAGGCUGAUAAUAGCAGCUGGUUUUGGAGAUGGUAUAAACAAUACGGGUUUCAGAGUCCUUCUGAAGAAUCUGUGUUGGAACCUUUACCAUUAGUCAAGUCUAAAUCGACCUUGGAUAACGUGUUCCUCAACUUGAAUAAUAACAAUGUCCGGGACGAGACGAAGGAGAACCGAGUAAAGGACAUGAAAGAAGUGUCAGAAGACGAAGAAGAGCCCCCAGAGUCUGCCGACGAGGCGCUAAAACACGGUGAAAAGUUCCUCAGAUGGCUGGAAUGCUGCUCGAACCCAAGUGUUACCGCAGUCCAACUCCUCCAGUUUCGCUACCUCCUCAACAACGUCCGGUCUUGUGCAGAGCGACGCGCCAACAAGGUCAACGGAGCUCCAAGAGCGAAGAGGAAGUAAUCCACGGGUUAUUGAACCACAAAAUCAUUCGAAUUAUAUGUUUGUCGAACUUAUGUAUUGAGAGCUGUUAAUACAAAACGGAUACCGACGGGAGAAGACGACACAGGUAAUUUCAUGUUUUAUCUUAAAUGUUUGAGACGAAGGCUCAGGAAAAGUUUAAUUGUUACUCUCCUUAAAGCCAAAUUACUUCUCGUAUCUUUAAGAAUGUUUUUUAUUAACUUGAAAACCAGUGGCUUCUCCAAAGCGUGUAUCACGUAACCUCAGGGUAGAUAUUGCCAAUUAAGUGUCCUACAUUGUUUGAAUAUAUAUUUUUUAAUAUAAUGCUUUUUUGGGAAACCAUGUGAUUUUUAUCUAAGUAUUAUUCUUUUAUCUAGAAUUUUGGAAUCAUAUAUUUUAAAAAUAUAUUUAAAAAAAAUAUACACAUACAAAAAAUAACACUCUUCCUAUUGUAUGUUUUGGUUUACUAUAGAGAAAUGUUGGUAACCGUUUUGUUUUCUUAUAAUAAAUACGUUUAUGUCUUUAUGAAUGUGAUAAAUGAAUAUUAGCUUAAUAAGCGUAUAUAUAUAUUUACACACACACGCACACGCACACACACACACACACACUCACACACACACACACACACACACACACACACACACACACACACACACACACACACACACACACACAUACACACACAUAUAUUUAUAAAUAAUUUUGUUUCUGUUUGACACUUUUUGAGUAAUUACAUUUAUACUAUUGAGUAAUAUCUCUCAUUUUAUGUUGUAUGGACAAUUGAUGAAAUGAAUCGGAGGUAAAUACUAUCUUAGAACCUUGAUUCAUAGCCAUUUGAUUCAAUCAAAUGAACCAUACAAUGGCUUGAAAUUAAGAUUUCUAUAUUUAGUUGUUACAUAGAGUAGUUUAUUUUAUUUGUUUGUUUAUUGGAUCAGAAAAUGACUACUACAUUAAUUUUUGUUCGUGGUUUGCCUUUGUAUUAUAAUAAUUUUGUUAUGAGAAGAAUCUUCAUUUAUAUGUAAAUAAAUGUUUUUCUUUUAAUUGUAAUUAAUACGUAUGAAAGGUUAUUUGUCAUUGUAAUGUAUAACGUCUUUACACACAUUUAUGACUUCCUUUCUGCUUCGAAAUUUGUACACAAGUAUUUUCAAAUCCGUUCCUAUUUAAAUUUGAUGUUUCUUCGACAAUUACAUUUUAUUAGAAAACUGAAAUAACUGCGUACAUGUGUAUACAUCCACUACUGACGAUACAAUUUAUUUGAAACAGUAUUGUUAUAGCAUACUAUUAAUAGUUAUAAUUGAUAUAUCAUAUUACAAAAAUCAAAAUCUAUUAGAUUGUUAAACUUAUGCUAAGAAAGGUCACACUGACAAUAUCUGUAAUAAAACAAGAAUUCAGGAUUCUAUUUUUGUAUUGAUGUUAUGUAGUUUGUGUAUAAAGGUUGACUUUUGUAUUUUCCUAUAAUAUAUUAUUGAUUCAGACCAUUUGUAUAAUAAGUUGUAUAAAU